CAAAUCACAAGUGGUAGUGUAGAUUAAUAUCCCCUCAUUCACCUUACAACUCCACAAGCUAAAGCCACAAACGGAAAUAAUCAUGCCUCCACUAACUCAGCUCUUCCAGUUACUGCUCCACCAAAACUCAAUGCACGUCGCCUCCUUUUUCCUCUCAAUCUUAAUCAUCACCUUCUCCGUUUUCUCGUGGAAUCGUAAAAAAGCCGCUGCGGCAGCUUCAGAGAAGAAUUUUAAACAGAUUCCGUCGCCGCUGAGGCUUCCGCUCAUCGGCAACCUGCACCAGCUGGGCAAGCUCCCACACCGCUCCCUCCGCGCGCUCGCUGGGAAGCACGGGCCCGUCAUGCUCCUCCGCCUGGGCCGCGUUCCCACCGUCGUCGUCUCCUCGGCCCCGGCGGCCCAGCAGGUCAUGAAGGCCAAAGACCUCACCUUCGCCAGCCGCCCCCCGGCCCGCAUAUCAAACGCUCUCUUGUACAGCAGCGACAUCGCCGUCUCACCCUACGGCGAGUACUGGAGGAAGGUGCCGCGCAUCUGCGUCCUGCACCUGCUCAGCCUCAAGCGCGUGCAGUCCUUCCGCUACGUCAGAGAAGAAGAGGCCGCGCUGCUGGUCGACAAGAUCCGCGCCACUGUCGCUGCCGCCGCCACCACCUCCAGCACAGUCGACGUCAGCCAGCUCGUCGUCAAUCUCACAAACGACGUCACCUGCCGGGUGGCGUUCGGUCGCAAGUACUCGGCGGAGGGCGGCGGCGCCGCGAAGAUCCAAGCGACGUUAGCGGAGUUCGCGGCGCUGCUGGGGACGGUGGAGAUCGGAGAGUUCGUUCCCUGGUUAGGAUGGAUCGAUCGGCUGAGAGGAUUGGAUCGGAGGGUGAGGAAUAACUCGAGAGAAUUGGAUGCGAUGCUGGAGCGAGUGUUGGAGGAUCACUGCAGUGGGAACGAGGAAGGUGAUGAUCUCGUCGACGUGUUGCUGUCUAUAAACGACAAGGAUGAGAACGUUGGGAUUGCUCUUACUCGGAGUAAUAUAAAAGCUCUUCUAUUGGACAUGUUUGCAGCCGGCACAGACACCUCAUUCACAACAAUAGAUUGGAUAAUGGCGGAGCUGAUCAAGCACCCAAAAAUAAUGGAAAGAGCGCAGGAGGAGGUAAGACGGGUAGUCGGAUCGAGUCCGAAUGUCGAAGAGGAGCUCUUAGAAGGAAUGUACUAUCUCAAGGAUGUGGUCAAGGAGACGCUAAGGCUACACGCUCCAAUACCGUUACUUGUGCCACGAGAGACGAUUGAAGAUACUCAACUGGAGGGUUUCGACAUUCCUGCCAAAACAAGGGUUAUAAUCAAUGCUUGGGCUAUCGGAAGGGAUCCUAAGUUGUGGGAGAGAGCUGAGGAGUUUUGGCCCGAGAGGUUUACUAACAGCCCUAUCGAUUUCAGAGGACAGUACUUUGAAUUCAUACCGUUUGGUUCGGGAAGGAGAGGUUGUCCCGGGAUCAAUUUUGCUAUGUCCGUCAUCGAGCUAGUUCUUGCGAAUUUGUUGUACCAUUUCGACUGGGAGUUGCCUCAUGGUAUGAAAAGGUAGUUAUUGGACAUGAGUGAGUCGAGCGGAUUGACAGCGCAUAGGAAGCAAAAUCUUAUUCUUGUGCCAAAACUACGAAAAUUUUAAGUUGUUUUAACGUGUAGCUAAACUCAUCCCCUUCGAUAUUUUCAAAAAAAAUUCUUAAGGCACUUUUAAGCUAACUUGUUUGUACUGUGAAAUAACAAUAGUAAUCGUCAUCAGAGAAGCAUUAGAUUGAUGCUUCUUCACUGAUGGUUUGGACUAACAUUCUAUAGUAUUGAUUCAAGAGAGGAGCUCCUAAGCAUUUCCAGAGCCCGGACUUCCCGAAUUUCCUCAAUAUUUAAGGGGCUGUUUAUGACCAUCAUAUUUCCAUAUUAGGCCUUGAUCGGUUCGUGUGUAAAAUGAGAGAUGCAAAAAUAGAAGAAGUGAAUCCUCUUUGGGAUUUUUGUGAGAGAGAAAUAUGAAUGGACAGGUUGUUUUUAA